AGGCGGUUUGAGCCGAGACCGCAGGACAGUGCGUGAAGGCACCUACCCGGAUCGCCGCAGCGGUCCCGCGCACAUGAGGGAUAGAUGACACUCCUCAUCAUUCGUGCUGUCAGCCUUAACUUUGCGAUUUAAACGAAUCACUUUCAUGAAACCAGAACUUUCUUGAGAGCGACGCAAAACUCCUGAAAGUCUUACAGUUUGAUCCGCAAAACUUCUUAAACUUAAACAAAUCAGCCCAGCUCCAAUUCUGACACCGCUGGACCAAUCGCCUUAGACCAGCCAGACGGCUGUUGGCUUGCAGUUCACCCACAGAGCAGCCCCUGGUUCUCUGACAUGGGAAGUAAGACACUCCCUGCGCCGGUGCCCCUGCACCCCUCCUUACCCUUGGUCAAUUACUCCUUGCUGCAAGCGUCGGGCGGCUUCCAGCUGCCCUCAGAGCACAUCCCUGGCAUCUACAGCUUCAGUACACUGCACGCAGUGCACCUCCACCAGUGGGCACUGGGCUACCCUCCACUGGCACUGCCACGCUGCACCAUCUCCAAACUGCCGGCGCUGGUAGACGCGCGCUUCCCUCUGCCGUCCAUCCCCGUCUUCCCGCACGUGGCCGAGCCCAAGCGGGAGAGCACUGGCGCGACCGCCAAGAGCAAGCCCCGCUUCGAUUUCGCCAACCUAGCGGUGGCGGCCACGCAGGAGGAGCCGCUGAAAGCGGAGGACCUGAGCUCCCCGCCGGCCGUGGGCUCCCUGCUGGAGGCGGCCAAGCUUUCGCCCGACCGUAAGCCAAGCCGCGGCCGACUGCCCUCCAAAACCAAGAAGGAGUUUGUCUGCAAGUUUUGCGGCCGACACUUCACCAAGUCCUACAACCUGCUGAUCCACGAGCGCACACACACAGACGAGAGGCCCUACACCUGUGACAUCUGCCACAAGGCCUUCCGGAGGCAGGACCACCUGAGGGACCACAGGUAUAUCCACUCCAAAGAGAAGCCAUUUAAGUGCCAGGAGUGCGGCAAAGGAUUCUGUCAGUCGCGGACUCUGGCCGUGCACAAAACGUUACACAUGCAGGUGAAGGAGCUGAAGACCACCAAGAUCAAGUGAUGCAGGGUCCAGAAUCUCGGGGGGAGGGGGCCGGAAUAGGCGGGGCGAGGAGGAGGAGGAUGUCGGGAUGUGGGCAAGCUUGGGAAAGCCUGGCAGGAAACCGCGCUCCUGCAGCCGAAAUGCCAAGUCCAGCAGCCGGAACCUCUGACUCAGCGGCAAUUCGGGGGACUCAGUGACUCAGACCGAAAUAAAAGCUGGGGUUGACGGUCACGUCUCCAGUUCUUUGAUUGGGUGGGGUGGGUGGCGGGGGCGGGCCUUCUGACGCGUCUGGAGCCCCAUACCCCAGGCUUCUGAGAGACUUUGGAGUUCACUGGACAGCCUUCUGUAAUCUCCCAGGCAACCCCAGAGACACACAUCCCUUUAUCCUUCUUUUAAAGACCACAUUCCAAAGUUUUUUGUACAGAUUUCUGUUUUGUAUAACUGAUAUUUGGCACUUUACUCUGAUUAUUGAUUAUUUACAUAUAUCACUGGAUUCCUUAAACUUAUUUUUUAAAUAAAUAGUCAUUUUCUAAACAAAACACCUCUUGGUCAAUAAAAGGGGAUGUAACUGCAGA